ACCCUCUAACGAAAAGUGACAGUGACAGUUCGUUCCUGUUCCUGCGCUGCUGUUGGUAAACACAAGUGCGAAAGUAAGCUCGUGAGUGCGAAAACAUCGUGCAGUUUUGAAUUUCAUCGGGUGCCAAAGCAUCAAAUUUGUUCAGCACAAUGAAUUUCCUGCGACAAACGUUGAGCGUGACGAAAACGCUUGCCAGUGAAGCCUUCUCAUCGUUCCUGCAGCGCGGCACGAUGGCCACCCUGAACCAGAUGCAUCGCACCGGACCGCACAUCAAGAGCCGUCCACCGAGGCAGCCCCUGGACGGGAAACCCUUUGCCAAGGGCGUCAUCCUGAAGACCCUGAUCAAGAAGCCCAAGAAGCCCAACUCGGCCAACCGGAAGUGCGUCCUGGUGCGGCUCAGCACCGGCAAGGAACUGGUCGCGUACAUCCCCGGAAUCGGCCACAACCUGCAGGAGCACAACAUGGUGCUGGUGCGGGUUGGUCGCAUGCAGGAUUUGCCCGGAGUCAAGAUCAAGUGCGUCCGCGGCAAGUACGACCUGCCCCACGUGAGCAAGCAAAAGUAAGCGGAACGUGCUUCCUCGUGGUCCAUCAAUAAAGGAGAGAUGUGUGUUAGCUGUGUAAA